UCUUUGUUUGGCUCAAAAGGGACCCUCUGAGCAGAUGGACCGAGCCCCCAGCAGGGGAGAGAGGUGGCCGGUGCCGGGAAAGGAAGCGAUUAAGGGAAAACAAAACAGAAGGAGGGGUCAGGGAGAAGGUGGCGGCGUGGGGGCGGGCCUGGACUUCUGCGAAUCGCGGGGUGAAGGCCCGGAAUGGAAUGGGGGCGGGCAUCCGUGGGUGGAAUCCCCCUGGGCCCGGAGCACCGAGCUAACUCAGGCGCUCACUGCAGGUCCAGCUGACGCCGCCGCCCAGAUGGCCUCCAGGCUGGCCCCCCUGACCCUCCUGCUGCUGCUGCUGUUGGCCCCGGACAGAGCUGACUCAGAUCCAAAUGGAACCAGUCCCAGCUUCAAGGACCCACAGAGCUGGCAAGUGGUGGAAGAAGGCGAGAGUCACAAGAUGGUCAUCUCCAAACUCAUCAGGAACUCUUCCAACUUUGAAAGUUGGGAGCCAAAGAGCAUCAAUUCAUCCAACAUAAAAGCCAAUAGCACUUUGAAACUCACCUCCCAACCUACCGUUCAAGAUACCCAACCAGUGAUCCAGUCCAACACUGAGCCCAGCCAACCAACCAACCAGUCUAAUGCUGAGCCCAGCCAACCAACCAACCAGUCUGAUGCUGAGCCCAGCCAACCAACCCAACAGCCCAGUGCUGAGCCCAGCCAGCCAACUGUCCAGCCCACUGCAGAAUCUGAGCCCACCUGCCUGGGGCCUGUCCUUUCCUGCUCUGAUGAGGAGACUCAGUCUGCUGUAGCAGCAUUGGGGGAGUCCCUUAUGGAUUUCUCUAUGAAACUCUACCAUGCCAUCUCGGCAGAGAAGCUGCCCGGGACCAACAUGGCCUUUUCCCCUUUCAGCGUUGCCAGUCUUCUCACUCAAGUCCUUCUUGGGGCUGGAGACGCCACCAGGAGAAACCUAGAGAGUGUUCUUUCCUACAGCCAGGACUUCACCUGUGUCCACCAAGCCCUACAGACCUUCACCUCCAAAGGCUUCACUUCUGUCUCCCAGAUCUUCCACAGCACAGACCUGCCUAUCAAGGACAGCUUUGUGAAUGUCUCUCAGAGCCUGUAUGGCCAAAGUCCCCAAGUGCUGGGAAAUGACAGUGACGCCAACUUGGAACUCAUCAACCACUGGGUGGCAGAGAGAACCAACCACAGGAUCCACCAUCUGCUCGACAGCCUGCCAGAUGACAUCCGUCUCAUCCUCCUCAAUGCCAUCUACCUAAAUGCCAAGUGGAAGACCACCUUUAACAAGAAGAAUACCCACCAGGAGGCCUUUCACUAUGGAUCGUCCACGAUCAAAGUGCCCAUGAUGACGCACAAGAAGUACCCAGUGGCACAGUUCAUUGACCGCACACUGAAGGCCAAAGUAGGACAGCUGCAGCUCUCACACAACCUGAGUCUGGUGAUCAUGGUGCCCCAGCACUUGAACCGACGUCUCGAAGAGGUGGAGCAGGCACUCAACCUGCCGGUCUUCAAGGCCAUCAUGAAGAGGCUGUCGAUGACCAAGUACCAGCCCACUUUCGUGAUGUUGCCCCGCCUCAAAGUGAAGAGCAACCAGGACAUGCUCACAGUAAUGGAGAAACUCGAAUUCUAUGACUUUGCUUAUAAUCUCAACCUGUGUGGACUGACGGAGGACCCGGAUCUUUUCGUAUCUGCCAUGAAGCACCAGGCCAUACUGGAGCUGACAGAGGAAGGGGUGGAGGCCGCAGCGGCUACGGCUCUCUCUGUGGCCCGCAACCUGCUGCUCUUUGAGGUGCAGCAGCCCUUCCUCUUCCUGCUCUGGGACCAGCAGCACAAGAUCCCCAUCUUCAUGGGCCGGGUACAUGACCCCCGGGCCUGAGAAUAUGGGGCGAGCCUAGAUAUGGAAAGUCCUCCCACUCUGGCCCAGCUCACCCACAUACUGCCUGUUCUACCCUGCCAGAACUUGCCCCCUGCCCCGGAUGUCCUUGUCUAUCAUUUGAAGGACAUUCUGCAGGGUCUCCUCAGCUUCUGUGGCCCAUUCACUGUGACUUUCUAACCCACCAUGUGUUAGUGUUUCUAUGGCUCAUGUUCACUAAGCUUUAUAAAUAAAAGUUGGCAGUCAGA